ACCUUACUUUGAAGGACUGUCACACUCCAGCUCUCAGACGGAAAUCGGUAGCAUCCACAGCAUCAGGAGUCAGAGAGAGCCAUCAAGUCCUGUAGAAGUGCCUGAAAAGACGAAGAGUCUUGGAACCAAACACGUAGGCGACAGUAUUUCUGACACCGUGUCUUACGAGUCUAACCAGCAAGCCGAGGUCCAGGAAGCUGAGCUUCCCACGCCGGAUGUGUUUGUCGAAAAGCUCCCACCCAGCGGGAAGAUCACCAAGACCGAGUCCCUCAUUAUCCCAUCCACCAGGUCUGAAGGGAAGCAGACGGGACGUCGGGGAAGGAGCACAUCUCUGAAGGAGAGGCAGCCAGUGAGGCCGCAGAACGAGAGAGCCAACAGCCUGGACAAUGAACGCUCUCCAGACACCCGGCACCACUUACAGAUCCCCAGGAAAACAGUGUACGACCAACUAAAUCACAUCCUGGUUUCUGAUGACCAGCUGCCAGAAAACAUUAUUCUUGUCAAUACUUCUGACUGGCAAGGCCAGUACCUAUCAGAUGUCUUGCAAAAGCAUACCUUGCCAGUGGUCUGCACGUGCUCCUCGGCUGAUAUUCAGGCAGCUUUCAGCACUAUUGUCUCCAGGAUACAGAGAUACUGUAACUGCAAUUCGCAGCCUCCAAACCCAAUUAAAAUUGCGGUGGCCGGAGCCCAGAAUUACCUCAGUGCUGUGUUGAGGCUCUUUGUAGAGCAGCUGUCUCACAAAACCCCAGACUGGCUCGGCUACAUGAGGUUUUUGAUCAUCCCUCUAGGCUCUCAUCCGGUGGCCAAGUAUCUGGGGUCUGUAGAUUACAGAUACAACAACUUCUUCCAAGAUCUAGCCUGGAGGGACCUGUUCAACAAACUUGAAGCACAGACCGCUGUUCCAGAAGCACCCGACGUCGUCUCCCGGAUAACGCAGUACAUAGCAGGGGCAAACUGCGCGCACCAGUUGCCCAUCGCCGAAGCGAUGCUGACGUACAAGCAGAAAAGCCCUGAUGAAGAAUCUUCGCAGAAGUUCAUUCCCUUUGUCGGGGUGGUGAAGGUUGGAAUCGUGGAACAAUCUUCUGCAACGUCAGGUGACUCUGAUGACGCAGCUCCCUCAAGCUCCAGUGUCCUUUCUUCUACCCCACCUUCUGUGUCUCCUGCUGUGAAAGAAGCCUCCCCCACACCACCGUCCUCACCGUCUGUUACAGGCAGCUUCUCCUCCUCCAGCCAGAGCCUCGGUGCCGAGUUGAUGGGCCUGCAGGUGGAUUACUGGAUCGCAGCUCCACUCAUGGACAGGAAGAGAGACCCAGAGAAGAAGGACCCCUCCACUACCAAAAACACACUGAAAUGCACUUUCCGGUCCCUCCAGGUCAGCAGGUUACCUGCCAGCGGCGAGAUUGCCACCGCUCCGACGAUGUCCAUGACCGUCGUGACAAAAGAGAAGAACAAGAAAGUCAUGUUUUUAUGCCCAAAACCCUGGUCUGUCUGUAG